UCGUGUUCGCCCAGCAGCUCCGCGACGCCUGCCGCAGAUGGCUGAUCCCGGAUGGCCAGAACAUCGACCAGGUGGUGGACUCAGUGGUGCUGGAGCAAUUCAUCGCCCGCCUCCCCUCCCGAACAUCGGAGUGGGUCCAGUGCCACCGAUCUUGAGACGGCCAUCCAGUUGGCGGAGGACCACCUGGUAGCGAGGUCCAGGGUCGGCGAUACAACCUCUCUCUCCUCUCUCUCUCUUUCUUCUUCUCUUUCUCUCCCCUCUCCCAGACCCAGACAGCAGGGACCUCCUGUGCCAGCGCCGAGGAAGCGGGGCUCUGGGGCGGAUACCUCUCGCUCGAUGCCUCGGUGGGGGGGAUAUCCGGAAAGGGGUGGGGAAGCACGCCCUCUAGUGGUUUCUCCAGCCACAACAGGUUUCUCUCCGGCUCAAUCGGUUGGACCAACUGGCCCCGGGGGUGCAGUGGUGAGGUCUGGGCCGACGUGUUGGCGGUGCGGGGGCGUGGAUCAUAGCCCCGAGAAUUGCUCCGCGAUGGAGGUGGGGGCUUUGAUCCGCGUACCCGACGCCCCGGCUGUCGCCCCCGGUCGCAAUGGGCUAUAUCAGAUACCGGUGAGUAUAAAGGGGGAUAAAUAUCAGGCCUUGGUGGAUUCAGGGUGUAACCAAACCUCUAUCCACCCAUGCCUGAUGCAAGACACGGCAUUGGAUAAAAGCCGCACGGUUAGGGUGAGGUGUGUGCACGGUGAUGAAAUUCACUACCCGCUAGCGGCCGUAGAGAUCCAAUUUCGGGGUCAAAAACAUAGCGUAGAGGUAGCGGUUAACCCGCACCUCAAGCAUCCGCUGAUUUUGGGAACAAAUUGGCCUGAUUUUAAUAAACUAUUAGGGGUUUUGACAGCGGGUGCCUCUUGGAGGAAAGGAUCGACGGCUAGGGGGCGGAUCGCUCAGCUGGGGGAAUCUCCGGUGACGUCAUCGCGCUCUGACUCAGAGGGAGGCCUGGGAAUUUCCCGCUGUAAGGACUUCCCUCUGGAGCAGUCGCGUGAUGACACGCUGAGAAAUGCCAUCGAGCAGGUAAAAGUGAUCGAUGGGCAUGUCCUCCAGCCUGAGCGACCACUCAACUAUCCCUAUUUUGCGAUCAUUAAAGACAGGGUGUAUCGAGUGACCCAAGACACUCAAUCAAAAGAAGAUACCACCCAAUUAUUGGUUCCUAAAAGCCGUCGGGAAAUGCUUUUCCAGGCGGCUCAUGCAAACCCUAUGGCCGGACAUUUAGGUCAAGCGGCCACACUAAAUCGCCUCAUGGCCCGUUUCUUUUGGCCGGGCAUUCACGGAGACGUCAGCAGAUGGUGCGCUGCGUGUCCUGAAUGUCAGCUGGUAAAUCCGCCGGCCACCCCAAAAGCGCCAUUGCGCCCGUUACCAUUAAUGGAGAUCCCCUUCGAAAGAAUUGGUAUGGAUCUCAUCGGGCCAUUAGAGCGAUCCGCACGCGGACACCGUUUUGCAUUAGUCCUAGUGGAUUAUGCAACCCGGUAUCCGGAAGCUGUAGCUCUCCGCAACAUCUCCGCUAAGAGUGUUGCGGAGGCUCUCUUCCGCUUCAUCUCCCGGGUGGGGAUUCCCAAGGAAAUCCUCACCGACCAAGGCACCGCGUUUAUGUCACGCACUUUGCGCGAAUUAUACGAAUUAUUGGGCAUUAAAUCGAUUCGGACUAGCGUCUAUCACCCACAAACAGACGGACUGGUGGAACGGUUUAAUCGCACACUUAAAGCAAUGAUUCGUAAAUUCGUUCACGAAGACGCGAAAAAUUGGGAUAAAUGGUUAGAGCCCUUGUUGUUCGCCGUGCGGGAGGUUCCCCAAGCCUCUACUGGGUUUUCCCCAUUCGAGCUCCUCUACGGCAGACAGCCCCGAGGGGUGCUGGAUGUCGUCAGAGAGGCUUGGGAGGACGAGCCUUCUAACAGCAAAAAUGAAAUUCAGUACAUUCUGGACCUGCGAGCAAAACUCCAUGCACUGGGGCGGCUAUCCAUGGAGAAUUUGCUCAAGGCUCAGAAUGAACAACGCCGGCGUUAUGAUAAGGGCACUAAACUACGAACAUUUUCACCGGGAGAUAAAGUGCUUGUACUGCUGCCUUCUUCUAGCUCUAAAUUACUCGCCAAGUGGCAAGGGCCAUUUGAGGUCACACGGCGAGUGAACGAUCUCGAUUAUGAGGUGGUACGAACAGACAGGAGUGGGGCACGUCAAAUUUAUCAUAUUAAUUUAUUAAAACUAUGGAGGGAGCCGGAGGACGUGGCGUUAGCAACGGUGAUUACAGGCGAGGAUGACCUGGGACCGGAGUGCGUAGACUGUAAUCGGUCGAGUGCUCUGGUCGCCGGGGGUGAUCAUCUCUCGCUCGCCCAGCUAGCUGACGUCCAGCUCCUACAAAAUGAAUUUAAAGACGUGUUCUCACCCCUGCCCGGUCGCACUAAUAUGAUUCAGCACCACAUCGAGACCGAGCCAGGCGUGGUCGUUAGAACCCGCCCGUACCGUCUGCCUGAACACAAAAAAAAAGUGGUUCAGGAAGAAUUGGGGAAAAUGCUAGAGAUGGGGGUAGUAGAAGAAUCACACAGCGACUGGGCGAGCCCGAUCGUCUUAGUUCCUAAGACAGACGGCACGGUCCGGUUCUGUGUAGAUUAUCGUAAAUUAAAUGCCGUAUCAAAAUUUGAUGCGUAUCCAAUGCCGCGGAUUGACGAGUUGCUCGACCGGUUAGGCGCUGCUCGCUUUUAUUCGACAUUGGAUUUAACGAAAGGGUAUUGGCAAAUUCCCCUUUCUCCAAUAUCCCGAGAAAAAACUGCCUUCACAACGCCGUUUGGAUUACACCAAUUCGUGACACUUCCAUUCGGGCUGUUCGGGGCUCCGGCGACGUUUCAGCGCCUGAUGGACAAAAUACUUGCCCGCCACUCAGCAUAUGCCGCUGCGUAUUUGGAUGAUAUCAUUAUCUUCAGUAAUGACUGGCAGCGGCAUAUGCAGCACCUGCGGGCAGUAUUAUCAGCGCUGAGACGGGCAGGACUCACGGCCAACCCGAGGAAGUGUGCAAUUGGGCGAGUGGAGGUAAGGUAUCUGGGCUUCCACUUGGGUCAUGGGCAGGAGGUGAGACAGUUUUUGGGGCUGGCGGGAUAUUAUAGACGAUUUGUUCCUGAAUAUUCGGCCCUCGUCAGUCCCUUAACCGAUCUCACUAAAAAGGGGGAACCAGAUACCGUCCAGUGGACGGAGCAGUGUCAACAGGCCUUCACCAAAGUUAAAGCUGCACUUUGCGGGGGGCCGCUAUUACAUGCUCCUAAUUUUGCUCUCCCCUUUAUUUUACAGACGGAUGCGUCCGAUCGGGGUUUGGGGGCGGUGCUCGCCCAGGAGGUGGAGGGUGAGGAACGGCCGGUGCUGUACAUUAGCCGCAAAUUAUCUAACAGGGAGGCGAAGUACAGCACCAUAGAAAAAUAGUGUUUGGCGAUCAGGUGGGCCGUCCUCACUCUCCGCUAUUAUCUCUUGGGCAAGGAGUUCGUCCUCUGUUCGGAUCAUGCCCCCCUCCAGUGGCUCCACCGCAUGAAGGAUACCAACGCGCGGAUCACCCGUUGGUAUCUCGCUUUACAGCCUUUCAAAUUCAAAGUGAUCCACAGGCCGGGCGCGCAGAUGGUUGUAGCGGACUUCCUCUCCCGGGCGGG